UCUCCCCUGCCCUGAAAAGGGGAAUCAGGCCCCAGGGGGUACAGUUGAGCUGCCUUAAAUUGGUCUCAUGCUGAGUCUGCUUACUGUGCUCCCCCAACAGGUCCUCAUUUUCACCCUCCUAUGCGCUCUUAAGGCAGGCAGUUGAAGAGAGUAGGGCCCCAGACAUGAAAUACUUUGCCUGAGAUCACAGAAGCAGAGUCUGAGGGGCCUCACAGGAUGAAGAGAUCUGAUAGGCAGCCUACUUUGCCUGGAGGAUGCUCACUAUUGAGACAUAUCUGGGUGUCAUCCCCCAUCGAGGGGGCCCUGGGGCCAUCAGACUCUGAUUCCAGCCAUUUCCUUAUUGCCACCACCGCCCAGAGACUUUCCCCUACGGUAGGUGCCCAGAGGCCUGUGACCCCGGAACCCUGGAAGUCAGGCCAGGAAAAGGACCUCAGCCAGCACGUGUUUGUCUGAAAGUGACCCCAGGAGGGGCUGCCCCCUGGCCAAGCUCAGACUGCUAACCUGAGGCACAUUUAUUUUUACAUGCUCAGUUGUUGGUAAACCUCCAUGACCUUGAGGGUAGUUUUGAUUUUUAGAACAGUCUUAAGUCAUUUGGAGCCAAGCUUGGCAAACGAGUUGGGAGGUAAAGUCAGAUAACACCCUGGGGUGUGAGGGUGGCCUUCUCCCAGGGCUUCAAAGCUGGCUCUGAGGAUACAGAGAAGUUCCAAGGAUACUCCACUCUUCCAGCCUAAGUAUCACUCAACUCCUUUCUCCCUGUGCUCAUGACUGGUGGUCCUCUCCUUUUCCUUCCAGAGCUGAGUGCAUCAGCCCAAGGGGUGCCAGACUCUGCGAAGAAACCUGAUGAAGACAUCUACCUGGAGUGCGAGCCCAGUCCAGUCCCUGCCUUGCCUCAGUCUCUGGACUCCCAAGUCCUGAUGCCCCCAGUCCCUCUGCCAAGGACAUCAAUAGUGCCCAGGCCCACCACAGUCCCCCAGGAAGCUUGGAAUGGAACAGCGAAUGUCACCCUCCUAAAGGUGAGUAUAGGCAUCUUCAGCAUGAACCCUGAACCCCGAACCCCAGCAGUCCUGCCAGGGCCCACCACAACCACAGCCCUGAAGGCCACGGACUUCCUCCCAGACCCUGUGCCCCACUUUGCUGAUGCUCCUGCAGCUCUGCCUCCAGCUGAGAGCAGGCCUGAGGGGACCCCACUGGGCACUUUCCAGGGUCUGCGCCAAAGCGGGAAGCUCCCAGCCAGACCUCUUGAUUACCCCUCAUUUGGAGGUCACGCUUGGCCUAGCUGGUGGGUCUUACCAGAGCCCAAGACCUGGAGAAGAGGGCUGAAGCACUGGGUGCUCUUCUUUAGGUUUCAGCCUAUGCACGUAUCCCCUCCAACUCAAGGCCAGCCUCUUUUGCCUAAUGCUCUCCCAGCCCCGCACUAUAACCUGCUUCUUCUAGCAGGAAGGAGACCUUCUCUUUCCUCUGUAACCCCCACCAGGAGCACCUCAGUUUCUGAGGACGGCAGCCUGCUGGCUCAGCCUUGGUACUCAAGGAACUGUGACCGUUAUGCUGUUGAAAAUGCCCUGCUCCGAUGCCAAAAGGACGGGGCCUACACUGUGCGCCCCAGCUCAGGACCUCAUGGCUCCCAGCCUCUCACCCUGGCAGUGCUUCUCCGUGGUCGGGUCUUCAACAUUCCCAUCCGGCGGCUGGAUGGUGGGCGCCACUAUGCCCUGGGCCGAGAGGGCAGGAACCAUGAGGAGCGCUUCUCCUCUGUGGCUGCCAUGGUCCAGCACUACAUGCAGCACACCCUGCCCCUGGUGGACAGACACAGCGGCAGCCGUCAGCUCACCUGUCUGCUCUUCCCCAUCAAGCCCUGACACCCCAGCAGAUGUCCACACCCACCUCCGGCCCCAUCAGUUGCUUCUUGCCCAGUCCGCCUUGGUCUGGGCUGUCUCCCUCGCCCCUCUGCCAGGUCUCCCCUUCUCCAGACCCUCCCCAUUCCUUGCCCCAGUCCCUGCAGGCACAGAUGAGAGGCACUAGGAAAGGUUGCCCAGAGGCAGAAAGGGUCCCUGAGACCCCAUACCAUGCUCACCCAGAGCCUGGCCCUGCACUCCCUGCUGCAUCUCCAAGGCUGAAAAGCAAGGGUCGGGCAGGGCCCCCAUUCCCAGCUCCCAAGAAUGGCUGUGUCUACCCUGUUACUAGGGCCUCCCAAGCUGCUCAAGGAUGAAGGCCUCCUGGGGAAACUGAGCCUCUUGGGAACAGCUCAGGCACUGCUGGGACACAAAGAGAAUCCUCUCACAUUUUCUUGGGGGCUUAACACAGGUCGGGCAUUAGGAGGGACUUGGUUGCCCUGCAUGUAGUUCACUUUCAAUAAAUAUUUGUUGAAUAAAUUCUUGAAUUUGCUGAGUGAAGCAGAGGUGGCCUCCACGAGGCUCCAUGGUUUU